AUGUCAUCAUCUUCAUCAAUGCCAUUGUAUCCCCAACAACAACUACAACCUCCUCCUUUUGAUGAAGUCACACAACAAUCCUACAAUGGUGCAUCACAUUCACAACAUGACUCCAUUGGUCCUGUAAUUGGAGUUCUUGUCGUGAUAAUUGUGUUGGGAAUAAUUGCUGUAAUGAUUGGAAGACUAUGCUCAGGAAGGAAAAUCAUGGGUCAUGGCCAAUAUGAUGUAGAAAGCUGGGCAGAGAGAAAAUGUUCUACUUGUAUUGAUGGAAGAAUUAACCUUUCAAUACCUACGAGGGUCACUGAAUCCAACACCUCACUUCCUGCAACACCCAUCAAUACUACUCAUCAACCAGAACAAUCUUCUUCUCAAAACUCACCACCUAACACUUGA